AUGAUUGCUUCGAUGGAGGUGCUGGUGGAGAACAGAAGGGCCUGUUCCAUCUCUGACCAUAACCCAUACUUCUUCUCCCGCCCGGGCACAGACACCCACAUCAGGGGAUCAGACUCCCUACGGCAGGUAGCCAAAGAAUGUGUUCUCAAUAUGAAAGAGAAUGAAAUGGACAUACUAGCCAACUUCCUCGGCCAUGACAUUCGCAUCCACAGACAAUAUUACAGACUACCAGAGGGGACACUGGAGCUGGCCAAAAUCAGCAAAGUGUUGAUGGCCAUGGAGCAGGGAAGAGUGACGGAAUUCAAAGGAAAGAGCCUCGACCAGAUACAAAUUGAGCCUGAAGGGAGAGCAAUGCACCCCAUGGUAGUGGCAGUGCCCCUUCUGAACGUGUAA